UUAAAAUUACCUAGCAAUGUUCUGUUAAUGAAAAUAUUCUGCGUUUUAACAUUGAUAUUUAAUUUGUUUUCAGUCUCAACUAAUAAAAGCAUAAAAACUCCAAUGAGAGAUGCGCAUGUCUUUACGGAUUACGCUAUGUGCCACACCUUAAUAGCGCCAUCUAUUUCUAAAUAAAAAUUUUCAGAAGAAGAAACUGACUCCCUUGGAUGGCAAUUACAUUUUGUAAAUAAACCGAAUUAAGAUUUACACCAAUGGCAACCGAAGUUACUGACACAGAAACUCAGCUUAUAACUUACUGCAAAAGCAUAUUAAAGUACCAAAUUAUUCCCAUGGACUUCAUGAACCUUCGAGGCUUGGUGAAGGAAGAACGCAAAAAUAAGCAACUUUAUAAAUUUAUAGAAGACAAAUACCCUGGCACGCAGUUCAUAGAAUUUUUAAAAAAGUACCCCGACAUUUUCUCCGUUAACCCUAACCGAAGUGUGGUACUCACAGAAGGAAACAGUUUUACCCUUCCGUAUGCAGAUGCUGCUAAAAAUUCCACCCAAACUGUCGAUGUUGAUGAAGUGGACGGUUAUAAUCGAGCUGAGUAUGUGUCUGACUCUGAUAGCGAUGGAGCAGAGAACGAUGAUUUGUUGAAAAAGGAUGAGCGCCAAAAAGUAGCUGAUAUGUGGAGCACAUCAUCCUCUGACUCUGAGUCCUCAGUGGAUGUGUUUUCGUCAGAACUUGUUCAUACUAGUGAUUCAAAUCAAAGUAGUUUGACUUCUACCAGCGCGUCUGAAAAUUAAAAUUUCUGAAGCCAAGUUUCAUAAAAUUGCCAUAAAUAUAUUUCCCCUCUGUUUGGAAAAGUCUAUAUUGAAGGGAAAAAAAAACAGGUGUAUUUUCGUUCAAAUUCUAAUCAGCUAUUUUGAGAAAAAUGUUAUUAAAAUUUUUAUGUGCUAGUCAUUUCUUCGGAAUUCUGUAUUGAGCUAUUUAUACUUUAUAAAAAUAAAGAUCUGAAGCUGUUA